GCCAUCUCGCUGCCCACCAGUUCUCUGUCAGAGAACUGGUUUGUGCUCAGCAACUCUAGCUGGUUGUCCUUGGACACUGUCUUGUCAGAUGGUGCUCGGGAGCCCUGGAAGGUGAGCUUGGCGAGCUACGCCUUCUCACCGGGCUCUACUCAGCAGCUAAAAGCUACCGCAUCCUACGGGUCUGGCCCAGUACGGGAACACGUGUUUAACCUGAAGGUUGAGGAUGCCAUUCCCCCUGUGAUCCGUAUCACUGCCCCCUAUGUUGUUUCAGAGACGUGUGGCUUCAGCCUCGAUGCCUCUGCCACCUACGACCCAAUUGCCCCUACAACAGACGACUUGGUUUUCUGGUGGUCUUGCGCAACAGGAACUGGAACCAUUGACUGUCGACGCUUGGUGAACUUCGGGCCACAGAUUUGGAUCCUCAAGAAUGGCACUGGAAGCUCUGGGCCGUUGUUGAUCGUGGAUGGUGGCCAACUGACAGAAGGCAACUACACCUUCACUUUGCAAGUUCUGCGUGUGUCAGAUCAAGCUUCCAUUACCAAGGCAUGGACGUUGGAUGUGGUGAAAGCACCAACCGUCUCCAUCGCCACGACCCCUUCGUGGUAUGACGGGCAAUCCGUGUCGACACAACCGAACACUGUGGGACCCACCAGCACAGCAUACAUUCGGACAGGCCAGGGCUGUGGCGAAAGGCUCUCAGCCCAGUGGCUGUGGGCCUUGGUAGAGGCAGAGAGCCCGUUCAACAUCGUGACCUACUUUGGCAAUUCUUCAGAUGCCUCAACUUUUGCCGCAUUGCCCGGCGAUGUUCCGUAUGACUAUUUGCUGCCCGGAUUUCGCUAUUCUUACGCUUUGCUGGAACAAGCAGAUCAGAUGCCUCCGACCUUGCUGGAUGCAGAGACCCAGGGACUCGCUUUCGGGCGGACAGUACCUUUCCUGGCUGAUGCACCACCAGCAGCGGGCCAAGUAGCAUGUGUACCAAUGAUCGGCACUGCUGCGGCAACCGACUUUUUCAUCAGUAGUUCUGGAUGGCAUGAUGAAGACAUGAGCAAUUUGUCCUAUUCAUACUACUUGCUGCCUUUGCCGGCUGGGGUGUCUUUAGCGAAUGAUGGAAAUGGAGGCGUCUCGGUGUCGGGCAACUUUGUGCCGCCGCAAGUCGACUGGAAGGAUACAAGUAGUCCAAAUCACUGGAUCGCUUUGGGCGGCAUAUGCCUGGGUCACAGCCAAAGCAUGCUGCAGCUUCGCUUGCCCGCUGGACAGCAUAUGUUGGCAGUUCUCGUGGAAGAUAGCCUUGGUGCGGUGAGUUCUGCAUUUUUGGCUGGUCCGCUGGUUGAAGCCUCGUCAUCAGCUGCAGACAUUGAAAAGGGCCUUGACAUUGCGGUCAUCUCGAACAAUGCGGAGAUCAUUCUCAGCACGCUGGAUGCUACGUCAGGGACUGGGUUCGAUGCCACGAAAGAGGCGGAAGCAUUCACUGCAGCAGCCAGAGUUGACAUGUCCGCUAUACCCUCUGUGGGUGUGAACCGGCUCCCUCGAGUUGUUUAUUCAGUGGCUGUUGCCUAUGCCACUGAGGUGGAGGAGGUGGUGCUGCGCACCGAGCAGCUUACAUCUUUGGCCACAGAACUGGGAAAUGCAAUCCUGGCCACCGUGCAGCUGGACGGCUCUCAGGUGCUGAGUUGGACACAAGAUGGCAGGGGAUUGCAAGUCUACGUCGCCAAAAAGGAGGUAACGGAUUUGCCUUACGAGGGGCUUAAUGUUGGAGGACUUAGCAUGCCGGCCUACACCUUUCAAACCGACCCGCUGGUACAGUAUUUGAUUGAGGCUGGUCCGUCCUGUAAGACCGUCGAAGUACAGCUAACAACUUGGCUUCAAAGCAACCCGUAUGCUUGGGCCAACCAGACCACCUACGCCUCUACAUUUGUCAGCUCUGACAGCACUGUUGUCGUGCUUCAAAUCCAGCAUUGCUUGAGUGACGAGAUCCUCAACCUGUCCCAACGGACGCUGACCCUCGAGCUGCCUCUACCUGAACGGCCAACAGCUUCGUUGCCAGAGGGGCAUGUCUACAAAGCCACUUGUGCAGUCUUUGAUCCUGACGAGAGACAAUGGACCAGAGACGGCGUGCGGUAG